GCAGCCUCUUCUUCGGAGGACAUGGCUCCUCCCUGGAGCAACUGAAUGAUCCCAGCAGCAUUACCUUCUACAGAGGCUAUGCUUAUAUCGUUGACCGGGGUAACCACCGCGUCCUGGAGGUGAAGCCGGGAGACACUGGAGGCUACAUCUUCUUUGGAGGAAGAGGCGUGGGCUCUUCCCUGCAUCAGCUGAACCGGCCUCGGUCGAUAGCCUUCCUUGAGAGCAAUGCCUACAUCUUCGAUGAAGGCAACCGGCGCGUGCUAGUGGUCCGACCCCUGGGGCUCCAAGCUGUUCAGAUCCUGGGAGGAG